AUGAUCCAAUCCACGGCAUCGCCCGCCGCGUUGAUCAUCGGCAUCCCCGCGCCUCGAACGAAAGGUCUCCUUUCAGACAUCAUGGCGUCAAAUUGCGCUAAUGAACACGCAACAGUCUCACCCCAACAAUGGCCAACAGCAUGCCGGUAUCGAUUGACGAGAGCGGCGGGAGAAGAGGAGCCUCACGGGACGCGGACAGGGCCGGGCUCGCCGAUGGACACGUGCCCUCCGGUUGCCACUCCGUUGCGACCACAGGCGACCCACGGCAGACGCUGUCCGCCGCGUGGUGGUGACUACGGCUACUUUGUGUGCUUGCCUGCAGAUCGCCGUCGAACUGCCAAGAUAACCCGUGACGUGGCCCGCGACCACACUCUGUCAGUAGCCCGGCUACGAGGCUCUUCAGCCUUGGCAUCCAACCUCUUGGCCCUGGUCCCCGCAGCGAUGACUCGGUGGACCACCAUCCCAGCGACAUGCAGUGUCUUCGUCGUAUGGAGACUGGGUAUGAGGCUCGAAGAAAAUGGCUGGGCGUCAGCAUUGGGGGUCCAUGGUCAAGCUGGCGCGGAACAUCGUUAUUACCUCUGCCUCCCCCCUCAAACCCCUGCGGCCGAGGUCUUGGACUCUUGGUAUUCUGAACUCGUUGGCCACAUGAGCGACGACAUUACGGCGGCGGCGCCACGGCCGUAUGACUCUGGCGCCCCGCGCGCUGUGUCGCCCCUCGCAUCUUCCCCUGCUCCCGAAGAGAAGAGCAUUGACAAGGAGUUCGAUAUCAAGGAACUGGACGCGGAGCCAGAAGCUGACAGGCCGAAGAACAAUAACUUUGCUUUCACCCCGACUCAACUACAUCAGCUCAUAUAUGCACGAUCACUGUCGGCCCUCCGUGCCUUUGGCGGACUGCAGGGUCUCGCGACGGGUCUACGCACAGAUACGGCCGCGGGCCUGAGUGUUGACGAAGCACAGCUCGACGGCACCAUCACAUUUGAGGAGGCUGUUUCAGCAGGCAAAGCACGACGACGACCCGAAUUAACGCCAGUCCUGGCGCCUACCAAAGACGACACUACAUUCCACCUCGAUGUCGACCUGGGUCUCGGGGGCCACCGCGAUCAAAGCUUUCAAGACCGUAUACGCGUAUUCGGUCUCAACAAAUUGCCGAAACGGAAACAAAAAUCAUUUCUCAGGCUCGCGUGGAUUGCGUUCAACGAUAAGCUCAUCUUUCUUCUGACUAUAUCAGCUGUCAUUUCGUUGGCGUUGGGAAUAUACGAGUCGGUGGACGCUGAAGAUGCGGGCGGUAAAAUCCAAUGGGUCGACGGCGUGACUGUCGUCGUCGCUAUCCUUGUCAUCGUUUUUGCGAGUGCUGCUACCGAUUGGCAGAAAAACCAAAAGUUUGCGAAGCUCAACGAGCGCAAGGAGCAGCGCGAAGUCAAGGUGAUUCGGUCAGGCCGGACCCAGAAUGUCUCGGUUCACGAGGUGCUUGUUGGCGACAUCAUGCACGUCGAAACCGGUGAUGUUGUGGCUGUCGAUGGAGUACUCGUAUCUGGUGCAGGUGUCCAGGUCGAUGAAUCGUCCAUCUCUGGCGAGUCAGAACUGGUUCACAAGAAUGCUGUGAGCGACGACGAGGCUCUUCUCGCGCGCAAAGCGCACCUCCCCGAUCCCUUCAUCAUCAGCGGUACGACAGUGUGUGGAGGAAUCGGAACCUACCUUGUUGUUUCCGUCGGCACAAACUCGUCGUAUGGUCGUACCCUCAUGUCGCUACGCGAGGAUGUCGAAGAGACACCGCUGCAGCAAAAACUUGGCAAGCUGGCGAAGCAGCUCAUUGUUUUCGGUGCCAUCGCUGGUAUCUGCUUCUUUCUCGUCAUGUUCAUUCGAUUCUGCGUCAACAUUCCCAAUAUGGGUGGAACGGCAUCCGAGAAGGCCGAGCAAUUCUUCAAAGUACUGAUCCUCGCCGUCACCGUCGUCAUCAUUACCGUCCCGGAAGGUCUAUCGCUUGCUGUGACGCUGGCUCUCGCUUUCGCCACGAAACGCAUGCUGAGGGACAAUAACUUGGUGCGACUUAUCCGGUCCUGCGAAAUCAUGGGCAAUGCCACAUGUAUCUGCUCCGACAAGACGGGCACACUGACACAAAAUGUCAUGACGGUUGUCAUUGGAAAGAUUGGUGUCGCUGAAUUUGGGGCGAUAGGCCCCACGAGUUCCGCCCUCAGCGCAUCUGAGACGUCCGUCAAAUCAGAAAAGACGGCCGACGUGACUUCUGCUGGACACUCACCGUCCAUUCCCAGCUUUGUAUCAACCCUGUCAGAUGACGUGAAGAGCCUCGUGCGGAACAGCUUCGCCCUCAACUCGACAGCCUUUGAGAGCGGCGAGGCUGGCGAGACCAAUUUUGUCGGCACCAGCACCGAAACGGCUCUUCUCAAGUUCGGCCGCGAGUUCCUGGCUAUGGGACAUCUCGACGAGGAACGAGCCAACGGAAACAUCGCCAACUUGUCGCCCUUUGAUGCCUCACGCAAGUGGAUGGCUGUCAUGAGCAAGCUGGAAGAUACACGGUAUCGCAUGUUAGCCAAGGGUGCUGCUGAGGUCGUUUUUGAUCAAUGCACUGACAUGCUCGCUGACCCCAAGACCGCCGGUCUGUCCACCCAGGCCAUCAGCAAAGAGACACGCGACGAGAUCCACGCGUCAAUUGAGCUGUACGCCAAGAACAUGCUGCGACCAGUUGUCAUUGCUUACCGUGACUUUCACGUUAAGGAAGCCUUUGAUGACCCGAACGAUGCCGAUUCCAUCCCAUUUGACAAGCACUUUUGCAACAUGACCUUUGUUGGUGUCUUCGGUAUCCGUGAUCCCCUGCGACCAGAGGUCAUCAAGUCUGUGAGGCAGUGUCAAGAUGCCGGCGUGUUCGUACGCAUGGUCACUGGUGACAACUUCCUGACGGCCAAGGCUAUUGCAACGGACUGUGGCAUCUACACGCCAGGUGGAUUGGCCCUUGAUGGCCCGACCUUCCGACGACUGACGCCUAACCAACUCGAUCUUGUUAUUCCUCGACUACAGGUUCUCGCGCGAUCGAGUCCCGAGGACAAGCUGUUGCUUGUGACCCACCUCAAGGGCAUGGGCGAGACUGUUGCCGUCACAGGCGACGGCACCAAUGACGCUCUGGCUCUGAAGGCUGCCGAUGUGGGCUUCGCCAUGGGUAUCCAGGGCACCGAAGUGGCCAAAGAGGCUGCAUCCAUCAUCCUGCUCGACGAUAACUUUGCUUCCAUUGUCAAGGCUCUCGUCUGGGGUAGGACUGUGAACGAUGCAACGAAGAAGUUCCUCCAGUUCCAAUUCACCAUCAACAUCACUGCUGGUACCUUGACUGUCGUUUCUGAACUUGCAGGCGACGUCAUUUUCACCAUCGUACAGCUUCUCUGGAUCAACCUUAUCAUGGAUAUUUUCGCCUCCCUUGGCCUCGCCACCGACUACCCCUCGCGCGAUUUCCUCAAAAGAAAGCCGGAACCUCGCACAGCCCCGAUCGUUAGUAUUACCAUGUGGAAAAUGAUCCUAGGACUGGCUGUUUACCAGCUCGCUGUCAUGUUCACGCUUCACUACGCCGGCGAGUCUUUCUUCAAUGCUGUGACCGAGUUUGAAAAGGACCAGGUCCAGACUCUCACCUUCAACAUCUAUGUGUGGAUGCAAUUCUUCAACCAGCACAACUGCCGUCGCGUCGACAACAAGCUCAACAUUUGGUAUCAAGGUGUUCUCCGCAACCCAUGGUUCCUCGGUGUCCAGUGUGCCACUCUUGCGGGUCAGAUGGUCAUCAUUUGGAAGGGUGGCGAGGCCUUUGAUACGAAGCCCCUGACGGGCGCGCAGUGGGGCUGGUCUAUGCUGUUUGGCGUGCUCGUCAUCCCUCUAGGCGCUCUCAUCCGCAAGAUCCCCGACCAUUACGUGUACUCGCUCUUCCAGGCCAUCAAGCGUGCCUUCAUCGCCACACGCCAGGUUGUGACACGCCCGCUGCCGAAGAAGUGGCGCCCCAAGAAGAAAGAUCACGACAUGGGUGCUGCCGAAGCUUGGGUUCUCCAGACGGGCGCCGCGCUGCUGCGCCCUGUGAACUACCAAUGGGGCACCAGCGGUCCCCCUGAAGGCGAGGGUCAUCUGGCAGGCCGGGUAUCCAGUAUUCCCAUCGCACAUCGCGAGGCCCUAGCACGUGCUGCGCGCAGCGGCAUUAGUGGAACAGGGGACAUCGACAUUGUGCAGCUGGUCGACCAGGCGCGUCACAGCAAGGCAGAGCUGGCCUACAACAUUGAAGUGCACCCCAGCACACCGAAGGAGGAUCCGUUCCUGCAGACUCCGAUGAGUGGAAACGGCAAGAAGGUGCCGCCUAGUCAGGACCCGAGCAUACUACAGUGGUUGAAGGUCGGGUCCCUCGCGGGACAGACGAAUGAGAAGCAAGCUGUGUGA